AUGGACCACGACUGUGACUGCAAAGCUGAGAUACAAGGACUACGCAGUGAGGUAUCGCGUAUGAAUAAUCUAUUAGAAAAUUUCGUUAUAUCACAGGAGAAAUUAAUGACCGAUAUGCGUGAAAAUAUAAAAACAUUGAACGAAGAGAUCAAAGAUAUCAAAUCCUCGACUUCGGGGAUAGUAAAAGACCAGGACAACAUCAAAGGAUGUAUAACAGAUUUAAAUAGCAAAUUUUCUACGCACGAAGACAGGCUCACUUGUCUUGAAGGUAGUCUCAAGACAUCUACCACUACUACCAUUGAUUCAUCAGAGCCGAAUCGCUUGAGGAAAUAUGAAGAAAUAAUUCAGGAAAUUAAAGAGAGAAAAAAAUAUUAUUAUAGUUGGCAUAUCAGAACAGACUGCUACCAGUACUGA